UCUCAGUCAGGAGUGUCGACAUCAGGAUUUGUAACGUAACCUUUUGCGUGAAAAGCUUUUAUUUUAGUUCGAGUUCGUUUAAUACAUCGUUUUUAUUCAUUUAUACAUUUAACUUUUUAGUUUCAUUUGAGAAAACAUGAGUCUGAGUGCCACAUUUAGACGUACUGCCGCGUUGAGUCUCCUCGCGCCAGGCGCGCACACGUCGCCUUUGAACGGAUCCGCGCACAAAACCCGAACAGAGGACGAGCUGGACGGGUACGCGGAAGAGAUUGACACCGGAUUAAAACCGCUACGGCCCGGAACAAACGGUCUAAAAGGAUUGAAGUUGGACGGGCGGUACGUGUCGGCGGAUGAUGGCUCUCUGCCAUGCUCUCCGGACCCGCAGGAGUUCGGUUUUACCGAACUGGAACGGGACACUCGACAGCUUCUAUUGGAUUUCUUCAGGUCAUACGGAGGGUGUUCGUCUGGCCGGAACUCUCACCCCGCGUUACCGACGCUCAGGCGCGUCGUGGAGGAUAUUCUUGCAAAACAUCAGAUCACGUACAAAGGUAUGGUUCAGCGGCUACAGUUGGACUCUCAUCCUGAUGACAUGGACAUCAUCAACAGCAUAGCCAAGCAGAUGUUCAGUGACGGGAGCACAAACUGGGGUCGCAUUACGAGUCUGGUGGCGUUCGGGGCUGUCAUGUGCAUCCGGCUCAAAGAACUGCAGAGGGAGAAAUGCAUAGACACAGUGGCAGAGCAAAUCUCCUCCUUUCUGAUCUCAGAACAGCAUGACUGGAUGUUGAGUAACAAGGGCUGGCAUGGAUUUGUGGAGUUUUUCCGAGUUGAAGAUAUGGAGUCCACUGUUCGGAACGCUUUGAUGGCUUUUGCUGGGUUUGCUGGACUCGGAGCAGGUCUUGUGCUCUUGAUUCGGUGAGAUCAUAUAGAGCGGAGUGGACUUUUGUUUGUUCUGUAUCUCCAGCCGACCCUGAGACUCCAGCGGUGUCAAGGUGUGAGAUUCACGAAAAGCACUUCUGCUGUGUCCUCAUCGGACGUGGACUGGGCUCUAAGCCUGAUGUGCGCUUUAAAGUCCUCUGACAGCGCUCAUAUCGGUCCAACAGAUUGUGCUAUCCGUCAGACGGAAAAAUCAGAGUUGAUUAUUUUUGAAGAAUUUAUUUUUUUAAAUAAAAUUUGAGAUCCUGA